CAAGUUAGUAUGACCAUUUUAUUCUGACCACGAGUUAUAUACAAACAUAUAAAAUGGAAUACAUUCAAGUUUCUGAUGCAGCGCAAACAAAAAGCACGAUUCUAUGUUGCGAAUGUGGGACUGUUAUCGAGCCAAAUCCUGCCAAUAUGUGCGUAGUAUGCUUGCGUAAUCACAUUGACAUUACAGAGGGAAUUCCUAAACAAGCUACCUUACUGUUUUGUAAGAGCUGCGAAAGAUAUCUUCAGCCACCUGCUGAAUGGAUUCAUGCUGCAUUGGAAUCUAGAGAACUUUUAUCGCUGUGUUUAAAGAAAUUGAAAGGAUUAAAUCGCGUAAAAUUGAUAGAUGCUGGAUUUAUAUGGACAGAACCACAUUCCAAAAGAUUAAAAGUAAAAUUAACUGUUCAUGCAGAGGUACUUGGUGGUGCAGUUCUGCAGCAAGUAUUUGUAGUUGAAUAUAUGGUGACUCAUCAAAUGUGCAAUGAUUGUCACCGUACAGAAGCUAAAGAUUAUUGGCGUGCAAGUGUACAAGUUCGGCAAAAAGCGAUAAACAAGAAAACUUUUUUUUACUUAGAACAGCUUAUAUUGAAACAUAAGGCACAUGAACAAGCACUGGGAAUAAAGCCUAUUCAUGAGGGUUUGGAUUUUUUUUAUGCAAAUGAAGCUAUGGCUAGAAAAAUGGUUGAUUUCUUAGUAACAGUCAUACCUUGUCAUUAUGAACAUUCCAAAAAAUUGAUUUCAUUUGAUUGUCAUAGUAACAUAUACAAUUAUAAAUUUACAUACAGUGUCGAAAUUGUUCCAAUUUCCAAAGAUAGUAUAGUCUGUCUACCAUUAAAGUUAACCCAGCAAUUGGGUGGAAUCAGUCCUAUUUGUUUAGUAUACAAAAUUACAAACUCUGUGCACCUUAUAGAUGUUUCAUCAGGGCAAAUUGCUGAAGUAAGCGCAACUGUCUACUGGAGAUAUAACUUUAACAGUAUAUGUAAUCCGAAACAAUUAACAGAAUUUAUUGUGAUGGACAUUGAACCAAUAAAACAUACAGAUAUAAAAACUUUUCCAGGACAAGGGUCUAUCUCUAAAAAACACGUCAUAGCAGAUGCGUGGCUAGUGAAAGCAUCCGAAUUAGGAAUAAAUGAUAAUCAAAUUCACACACGUACACAUUUAGGCCAUAUACUUAAACCAGGUGAUUCAGUCUUGGGUUAUGCUCUGAAAAAUAGUAAUAUCAAUGAUACUAAUUUCGAUAAAUUAAGCGAAGAUGUAGUACCCGAUGUUAUUCUAGUAAAAAAAAAUUAUGGCCAUGAUAAGGCUGCCCGUCGCAGAGCAAGAGUAUGGAAGUUGAAACAUAUCGCUGACGAAAUAUUCAGCAUGAGUACCGAAAAUAACGAGUAUAAUGAAUUCCUCGAUGACUUGGAAGAAGACCCGGAAUUGAGACAAAACAUCAAUAUAUUUCGAGACUCUAGAAAACAAAUUCCUGUUGAUACUGACGAAAUAGAUCCGAGUAUUCCGCAGAUUACACUCGAAGAAAUGCUAGAUGAUCUUGUAAUCGAAGAUACCGAAAUGGCCGAAGUUUCCGAAUAAAAGGACAUAUACUUGAAAGAAUAAUCUUUUUUGCAAAUUACAUUAAGCAAAAAUGUACUCGCGAAAAAUUUGGCGAUGAAUCGCUAUCACAAUUUAUUUCGAUAAUUUAUAAUAAUAAUUUAUGAUGUUUAAUAUUGUCGGAUUACAGGAAAUUGAUAUAUUAUGUCAUAUCAUUUUAACGAUAUAUAUAUUUUAUGUAUGAAUUCUCGAAAAAAAUAAAACGAAUAAUGUACUUA